UUACGGGCUUAUGCUAUGACCGCAUCUAAAGUCUUGUACCCAAAUUUACCAGAUCUGUGCAGGUACUCUCCAACCCCUCGUCGAGCUUCCAGAAGUUCUUUGCGUCAUCAACCAAUCACCGGUUUAUCGAGCUUCAAGCCCGCGCCAUCUUCAUUUUUGAACAAAGCCAGUUGGAAGUGUGUUACGAGUUGUUCGCAGGAAAACUCCACAGAAAAUAUGAGUUCUAAGGAGAAUAACGCCGAAGUCGCUGUAGAUAAAGUGACGGAAAACAACGAAAAAGCUGGAGGUGAUGCAAAAGCAGAAGUAAAAGGAACGAAGAGGCCAGCAGAGACGAAAAGUGAGGAUGCAAAAAAGCCCAAGAAGGAGGAGAAUGGAGAAGAAGAGGAGGAUGUUGAAGAUGAGGAAGAUGUUGAAGGAGAGGAAGAAGAUGAGGAAGAAGAGCUGCCAGAGGGGGAAGAGGAGCUAGAUGAAGGAGAGGAAGAAGAGGAUGAUGAAGGUGAAGGGGAUGGGGAAGGGGAGGAGGAUGAAGAUGAUGCAUAAUGAGGAGAGAGUGGCAGAGACUUAAAAAAAACCAAGCGAGUGAGUGUUUCCUGCCUUCCCGGUAAAGCUUGGAACUAAGGAGUGAAAGAUGCCUAGGUUUGUUCUAAUAAAUGACAAUGGAUAGACAUUCUCACCCUGAUAAAUAGGUUUUUAUUUUUAUUAUUUUUUAUUUUCCUCUUUUUCUCCGUUGUCACAGGAUUAAUAAAAUGGCGUGUGCUGUGGUGCUUGGAAAUACAAGGGUUGAUACUUCAGCAGGCCUGUCAGUGUUUAAAGAUAUCUUAUUUCCUGUGAAUUGGCAGCCCUCUGUUUCCUUGUAUAUGUGUGUGUGUGUAAUUGAGUGCAGUUUUUACUUCAUCAGCUCGAGCCCUCUGUGAGGUCAUGGUGUGGCAUAGCAUCGAAGGAAUGAAAGAAAAAUUGCAACUUCCCAGUUCUUACCUUCUCACUCCCUAUUUCCAGGUUUUAGCACGGGAAAUAAAUUGCAACGUAAGUGGGGGGAAUUUUUUUAAUAUAUUCAACAUGAAAUGGUUUCUAUUUAAAAUAAUUUAAAAUGGACAUGGGCAGUUUUCCUUUUCUCUGAUUUGUUUUAAUUUCUGUUUCUAUAAGACCAUCUCCCCCCUAUGUAUGAGUUUGUAAGCAGGGAGAAUUUGACAUAUGUUUGGCAAAGACAACACAGCAUGAAUGUUCUUGGAAUAAAAAUGAUGGCAAGAAAAAACAAUAUAGUACCAACCAAAUGCUAUGACGAUUGUUGUGUGUGUGAUUUAAGUUGUGAAAGGAACAAUAUUUUGUAAUAACAUGAGGAUUAUGUUCACCUUCAAGGUUUUUUUAUGUGUUUACUCUCAUCUUGGUUGUAAAAUGUUUUUCGUCAGGCUGUAACAUAGAAUAGCUAACAUUUUCUUUUUAUUGUGACAAAGAACCCCAAUUUUACUGUACAAAGAUUUUGAAAAAAUAGAACACAACCUCAACAUUGAAUGGAUCUGACCACUUAGUCAAGAAUGUGCACCUUCACAUUUACCAGCAAUGUGAUCCUGAUUAUUCUGCAGCAGUUCAGUAAAAUGGGCAAUAAAGUUCAGUGAGUUGUAACCAUACAAUGAAUGUAUUUACUGCUGUCAACAUUUCUUCUUUGGAAGAGGAAACUAUAAAGAAAAGAGAACCUGCAUUUUAAUAGUAAAAGAAAUCUGACAUGUAGAUUUGUGUUCUGUGUGUGCAUAAAAUAAUUGUAUGACCAGUUUCUUAAAAGUAA